AUGGACAAGUUGCGCUUGGAAAUCGAGAAGGCCCAGAAAUUUCUAGAAUUUCUGCAUAAGCAAGUCGACAGCGUUAGUUCAGCCAGUGGAGCCAAAAGCCACAAUUCACAGAAUUUUACGAAGUCGGACGGCGGCGCAAGCAAGAGUUCGGAGAAUUCCAAGAACGGGCAUGAACGAGAUGGCAAGUCAAGCAGCGGUUCGGAGAAUUCCGAGAACGGGCAAGAACGAGAUGGCAAGGCAAGCAGCGGUUCGAAGAAUUCCGAGAACGGGCAAGAACGAGUUGGCAUGGCAACCAACAGUUCGGAGAAUUCCGAGAACAGGCGAGAGCGAGUUGGCGAGCGAAGCAGCGAUCUGGGUAGUAAGAAGGACGAGGAGAAGCCCACGAAAACAGAAGCCCCAGCCAAAACCAAGCCAAGCAAGGCACUAAAUGCCAAAUUGGAGCAGCAAGCGCGGCUGGAAGAGGAGGCGGAGGCGGAACGACUGGCUAACUUAUCACCCGAGGAUAAACUGGCCGAGAAGCUGCGCCUGCAAAAGAUCCAGGAGGCCUCAGACCUUAAACACGCCCAAGACGCCUUCGGCGUGACGAGUACGAGCGGCGGCCUCGAUGCCUUCAAUCCGGAAAGCAAGGAGGAGUUCAAGGAGCUCGGCGCCACGAUCAGCUGGAAGGUGGCCCAGUUCCGGGGAUCGGAGCACUUUCCCCAGUUCGUCGAAGAUCUGGUGCGCAGCCUAUGCGUGAACCUGAGCGCCGCUGACAUCAAAAGGGUCGAAAUGACCGUGGAGAUAUUGCACUCGGAAAAGCUGAAACAGGGGCCAGAAGUAAGGGGCAUACAUGGCAGCUGCAGCGUCCUGAAAUCAAUAUUGGGUUAA